AUGGAUCUACAAUAUGAAUACCGCCUCCUACGCCAAAUCAACCAUCAAAAUGACAACACAUGCCUGACUAGAGCAACACAAUCCACUGCUUCCCCAGUCAUGUCACCCAAUAAACUUGGAGACCGAUUUAUUCCUACUAGAGCGGGGGCCAAUUGGGAUAUCAACUUCCACAGGCUCAGUGAAAACGAGAAGUCAGCAAAUCAAAACAGGAAAGCCAAGGAACCAUCUUCUGAUAUUGUUAAAGAUGGUUUGACAUACUCCGCUCUGCUGAAGAAUGAGCUCCUGGGAGCAGGAAUAGAAAGGGUCCAGGAUCCUCAAACCGAAGACAACCAUUUGCAGCUGUUGACACCUCAAAAGCAGAGACUUUUCACUUACACUCUUGAGCUCAAAAGAAGCUCACCAGCCAACGAACCCAACAUCUCUCCAUACUCAUUAUCACCUGUCAGCAACAAAAGUCAGAAACUGCUCCGAUCACCGAGAAAGCCAACCAGAAAGAUUCCCAAGAUUCCCUUCAAAGUCCUGGAUGCACCAGAACUACAGGAUGACUUUUACCUGAAUUUGGUGGACUGGUCAUCCCUCAAUGUGCUCAGCGUCGGACUGGGAACAUGCGUUUACUUGUGGAGUGCUUCUACUAGCCAGGUAACAAGACUAUGUGAUCUAUCCGUGGAGGGAGACUCAGUUACGUCAGUUGGCUGGUCUGAGAGGGGCAACCUGGUAGCAGUGGGGACUCAGAAAGGCUAUGUCCAGAUCUGGGAUGCCGGCGGCGCCAAGAAAAUCUCCACCCUGGAAGGACACUCGGCCAGAGUUGGGGCUCUAGCAUGGAAUGCGGACCAGCUCUCCUCAGGCAGCCGGGAUCGCAUGAUUCUUCAGAGGGACAUCCGAGCUCCUCCUCUCCAGUCAGAGCGACGGCUGCAAGGACACAGGCAGGAAGUGUGCGGCUUGAAGUGGAGCACCGACCAUCAGUUGCUCGCUUCUGGUGGUAAUGACAAUAAGUUGCUGGUAUGGAACCACUCAUCACUGAGUCCUGUGCAAGCGUACACAAAUCACCUGGCUGCAGUGAAGGCUAUCGCCUGGUCACCACAUCAGCAUGGCCUGCUAGCCUCUGGGGGCGGCACAGCGGACCGCUGCAUUCGCUUUUGGAAUACGCUGACAUCGCAGCCGCUGCAGUGUGUGGACACGGGCUCACAGGUCUGCAAUCUGGCUUGGUCCAAGCACACGAAUGAGCUAGUAAGCACUCACGGCUACUCUCAAAAUCAGAUCUUGGUUUGGAAAUAUCCAGCGCUCACUCAAGUGGCUAAACUCACAGGGCACUCCUACAGAGUUCUUUAUCUGGCUAUGUCCCCGGAUGGGGAAGCAAUUGUUACAGGAGCGGGAGAUGAGACGCUCCGCUUUUGGAACGUGUUCAGUAAAACAAGAUCCACAAAGGUUGAAUCUGUGUCCGUACUAAACCUGUUUACCAGGAUUCGGUGA